GCGCCUGCGUUUCUUCUCCAAACUCCGCGAUGCCGCCGGAACGUAGGCGCCCGAUGAAACCGGGCCGGAAAACCGGAACGAAGCCGGACCGUAGGACGCGCACGAAGGCAGCGGGGACAGCCGGGCCCAGGACGGGCGGGCCGCCCUUAAAGGCCGCCCCUUCAUCCCAGCCGAAGGCUCCGGCGCGGCCCAGCGCGGUGGCCGCUGCGAUGGCCGUGGCGGCGGAGGAGGACGAGAGACUGCUCCGGCAGCGCAACCGCCUGACGCUGGAGGAGGACAAGCCGGACGUGGAGCGCUGUCUGGAGGAGUUCAUCUUCGGCGACGUCGAGGACGACGAGGACGCGCUGCUGCGGCGCCUGCGGGGCCCGCCGGCUCCUGUCUGUGAAGACUCCGGUGACUCGGAAGUGGAAAAUGAAGCAAAAGGUAGUUUUCCAACUCAGAAGAAGCCAGUGUGGGUGGACGAAGAAGAUGAAGAUGAAGAAAUGGUUGACAUGGUGAAUAAUCGAUUUCGGAAAGAUAUGAUGAAAAAUGCAAGUGAAAGUAAACUUUCAAAAGAGAAACUUCAAAAGAGACUUAAAGAGGAAUUCCAGCAUGCCAUGGGGGGCGUACCUGCCUGGGCAGAAAAUAAUAAGCGGAAAACAUCUUCAGAUGAUGAAAGUGAAGAUGAAGAUGAUUUGUUGCAAAGGACUGGAAAUUUCCUCUCCACCUCGGCUUCUCUUCCAAGGGGAAUCUUGAAGAUAAAGAACUGCCAGCAUGCUAAUGCUGAACGGCCUACUGUUGCUCAAAUCUCAUCUGUGCAGUUCCAUCCGUGUGCACAGGUGGUGAUGGUUGCUGGGUUAGACAACGCCGUGUCACUGUUUCAGGUUGAUGGAAAAACAAAUCCUAAAAUCCAGAGCAUUUAUUUGGAAAAGUUUCCAAUAUUUAAGGCUUGUUUUAAUGCUAAAGGAGAAGAGGUUUUAGCCACAAGCACCCACAGCAAGGUUAUUUAUGUCUAUGAUAUGUUAGCUGGAAAGUUAAUUCCUGUGCAUCAAGUGAGAGGUUUGAAAGAAAGGAUAGUUAGGAGCUUUGAAGUCUCUCCGGACGGCUCCUUCCUGCUCAUAAAUGGCAUUGCUGGGUAUCUGCAUUUGCUCUCAAUGAAGACCAAAGAACUGAUUGGUAGCAUGAAAAUUAAUGGAAGAGUCGCAGCAUCGACAUUCUCUUCAGAUAGUAAAAAAAUAUUUACCUCUUCAGGUGAUGGAGAAGUGUAUGUUUGGGAUGUAAACUCUAGACGGUGCCUUAACAGAUUUGUGGAUGAGGGCAGCUUGUAUGGAUUAAGCAUUGCCGCAUCCAGGAAUGGACAGUAUGUGGCUUGUGGUUCCAAUUGUGGAGUGGUUAACAUUUACAACCAAGAUUCUUGUCUCCAAGAAACAAACCCAAAGCCAAUCAAAGCUAUAAUGAACUUGGUUACAGGUGUUACUUCUGUGGCCUUCAACCCUACUACAGAAAUCUUGGCAAUUGCUUCAGAUAAAAUGAAAGAUGGAGUCAGAUUGGUUCAUCUGCCUUCCUGUACAGUGUUUUCUAACUUCCCAGUCACUAAGAAGAAUAUUUCUCACAUUCACACCAUGGAUUUUUCCCCCAGAAGUGGAUACUUUGCCUUGGGGAAUGAGAAGGGCAAGGCCCUGAUGUACAGGUUACAUCACUAUUCAGAUUUCUGAAGAGAGUAUUUGAAAUCCAGAUGAGCCCCAGGAGAAGCCAGUCCUGUCACAUCUUUUCAGAGGCCUUCCUGAAGGCGUGCUAAUUGAGGGCUAAUGAUUAUACCAGAGUCAGCUUUGCUUCAGUUAACUGUACUGUUUUAAUAAACACCUGGCAGCUUUUGUUU